UUUGAUCUAGGCAUUUGGUGGAAAGCUGGAAAUCAUAAUGGCGAAACGAGUGCUUUCCAGCACGCUCAAGAACUUGAAGUUCAUGCAAAGAGCAGCUCUAAGAGAGGAGAAAUCCAAGAAAGAGGAGGAUGAAGUAAAAUCUGAUGUCAAUAUUUUUGGAACUAAUUCUUCUUGUAUUGUCAUAAUGGAAGGUGAUCCCCAUCCAGGAGCAAUUAAAGGUUGGAUGUCAUUUCAAAGUUUUAAUAGACGAAUUAAUAGACUCAAUGAAGAAGACGCAAGGCUCCAUCGGCCAGCAGCUGAAACUCCUAGUUCUAGGAAUCAAACUGGAAAUAUAAAAAAUGGCGACGUCAAAAGCAAACAGUCUGAAGUAACGUCUGAAGCACAAAAUCCAACUAAAUUGCCCAAGAAUGAUAAUGGCGGUAACCAAUCAUUGCCAAGAAACAGUUUGGGGUAUUUCAAAAAACCAAAGGGAGAUAAGUUAGACUGGAAUAUUCUUAGACCACCCAAAUACAAAAGGCAUAAUUGGAUGAGGAUACUGAUGGUUAGGUUAGUGUGA